CAGCUGUAGAAAGGAAUGUAGAAUGUCCCUUUGGGUGUUUCAAAGAAGAAACAAAGCAUUGCUAGCCAGUGGACACAAAUAUAGCUGCCAAGGCUGAGGUUCUUCAAACUUGUAACAAAUGGACAGAUCUCACAGAUCUCUGUCUUUUUUGUUAUCGGAGAAGAGAGCCAUGCGCACUGAUGUUUCAACACCUUUUUUUCUUCAGUGAGCCACUGCAAAUCCCCAUCUUGGGAGCCAGUCUCCCUGAAGACUGCUGGUCACCAGAUGGACACUGCAUCCGGACAGGUUUUGGGAGUUUUUGUUUCUCCCCAUUUCUUACAUUUUAUAAGAUCUAGCGCAAUGAAGGAUUCUGAGCUUCUUUGUGUCUCAAUCUAGAAAUGAGGCAGGAGUUGUUGUUGAUGAUGGAAGACUCAAAAGCUUGAUAUGCUUGAGAUAUUUGGAUGAACCUAAAAAACAAGAUAUUACACAACUCUGAAGACUGUACAUUUGUUACGUUUUUAUCAUUCCCCUUUCUGUCUCCCAAAGCAGUUACUCUACUUCAAACUUAAGAACGGAAAAUGGAACGUUGACAGACAGGAAAAGAGAUUUAAAGAUGGGCUUAAAGCCAACCUCAAAAACAUAGACACCAAGAACCGGGAAGCCCUGGCCCUUGAGCAUUCUAACUGGAGGUCAGCUGCGACCAGCAGUGCUGCAGAAUUCAAAGAGGCACAAAUGGAGGGCGAAAGGGAGAAAUGUGCCAAGAGGAAGGCAGAUCAAGCCAACCCCGACUGGGACCAUCUUCUGUCUGGAAACCAAUGUCCUCACUGUGGGAGAACAUGCGGAUCAAGAAUAGGAGUCCACAGCCACCUAAGGACUCACCACCAAGACACCACAUUUGGAAGACAACCAUCCUCAAGCUAUGAGGGAUCACCUAAGUAACCCUAACUUUUGUGUGUUGCAAAUAUAAAAGGCAAGCCAUGUGACGGGGGACAGAAGAACAAAAGCAUUUGGAAGUAACAAGACCUCUUUUUAGCUCUCGCUUUAGGAGUCCAGAAGAGGGAAGGAGCAGCACAUUUUGCAAAGCUAUACCCGAGAUGUUUUGAUGGAUUAUAACUUCAACGGUGGGACCCAAAACCAGCAAUGACAACCCAAAGACUUACAACAGACCCUUCACUUCCCUCAAAAGGGACUGGAUCUCAGCCUUUAGAGUUCUUUUGAUACUCUACCGCCCUCUACUGUUACUCCUGAGAAGUUCUUCAAUGAUGGGAAGUCAUGUACUAGCCGCUUCAAUUUCUGUGCUGUCCCUUUUGGCAAUAAUGGGAGACACGGACAGUAAAACUGACGGCACUUUCAUGAUGGAUUCAGAUCCAGGACGCUGUAUGAGGCAUCACUAUGUUGAUUCCAUCAGUCACCCUUUGUACAAGUGCAGUUCAAAGAUGGUGCUCCUGGCUCGUUGUGAGGGACGCUGCACUCAGACGUCACGCUCUGAGCCGAUGGUGUCCUUCAGCACAGUCCUGAAACAGCCUUUCCGAUCCACAUGCCACUGCUGCCGGCCACAGACUUCUAAACUGAAGGCCAUGAGGUUGCGCUGCUCAGGUGGCAUGAGGCUCACCGCUACCUACCGUUACAUCCUCUCGUGCCAUUGUGAGGAGUGCAACUCUUAGGAGGAGGAAAAGUCUGCUGCAGCAGAAUAAGUGAAAGGGACACAAGCUCAGCAGCAGUGCUCCCAGUGGCAACAAUGGACACCAGGGUAGCCUUUCAACAGCAUACUCGCACACAGGAUCAUUAAUAUGGAUUUCAUUUUCAAGCUACAUAGAAUGUGUGAACAUUGACAAUGCUUGGGAAAGUGCCAAAUCAUGAAACAGACAUCGGAAUGUAUAUUUACGUUGAAGACAAAAACUCAUGUUAUGGGAACGGAAGGACCUGAAUACUGGGAAAUAUAUAUUUUAUUAGAAAGAUAAUAAGGGUAUAUUUUUUGUCUCAGCAGUUCUUUAAUCCUAACUAUGGGCCAAUUAGGAAUUAUGGCUCACCAUUUGAAUGUCCUGCCAGUAAUGUAACAAACACACAGAAAAAAGCCAAGACAUAUAGAAUAUGUACAAUGAAUGUCAUUGUGUACAGAAUAUUUUGUUCUAGAAGAAGUGAAAGAUGAUGUCCCUGUAUAUAGAAGCCUAUUGUAUCUUUUAAUGUUGUCUCUUAGUUUAUAUUGGCCUUGAAAAUGGACUGUGUUGAUGGUAAGAGUUAUAUUUUAUCUGGUCUGGCAGCCAAAUGCUGGACAACUUAUUGUGAUUUAGGUGCAGUUACUAAAUAAAUAACAGAAAAUUUAUUGACCUA